CGGAGGUAACUAUCCGCUCCUGAGACACUCUUUGGUUGUUUACCUGUUAGCCACCAAACACAUAUAUCAAAGUUUUAAAAGUUUAAAACAUAAAAAACGCGGCUUGACGUCUGUUGUUAUAAACCCACGGUUUGCUUUAAAGUUCAACGCAAACGACAGCGUCGAGCUGACGGACACACGGCGGUUGUUUGGGUGUUUUUUAGCAGAAGUAAAGAAGCUAACGGGAGGCUAGCUCCGUCGGCGAGUUCACCCGGGUGCAGUGAGCGGCUGCACAGAUCGGAGGUCACCUGGACAGGUAACGAGCUGCUAAUCUGAGCAUUAACAGCAUUGACACCGCGGUUAAUAAGAUGCGGACUCUCAAUGAACUGUGACGGUCCUCUGGGACGAUGGCGAACCCCCUGAGGUCUGAAGUGGUUCGACUCUAUAAGAAUCUCCUCUACCUCGGACGGGAGUAUCCCAAAGGUGCCGACUACUUCAGGGACCGUCUGAGAGCGGCGUUCACAAAGAACAAGUCUGUUCAGGACCCGGAGCAGAUCAAGGCCUUGAUCGCUAGAGGGGAGUUUGUGGCCCGAGAGCUGGAGGCGCUUUACUACCUGAGGAAAUACAGAGCCAUGAAGAAGCGCUACUACGAGGACUGAGUGGAAAUGACCAAACACGAGACGAAGAGAGAAAUAAAACCUGGUUAUUUAUUGCAAAUGUAUCUCAGCGACACUGAGCAGCAGACCGCCACCGCCGUCCUCCCAAAACACCACAGCAGCUACACAUUUUUAUCGUUUUAUUCCUGAAGUCAGAUGGUCACCGAGGACAGCAUUUAAAUAAAAGCAUUAAAAACAAGAAAUAAAAACAAAGAUGACGUUUCAUUCGUCAAACAGUAAAAUUCAAGUAACUCAGGAAGACACAGAUCGUUUGUUCGGUAUAAAACGCUGGAUCAGAGGUUUUGGGGUUCCAGAGAUUCUCCGUCCGCCAGGUUAGCUCUGCAGAUCGGACAGGUGGUGUUGUCCUGGAGGAGGAGACAGGUCGCGCCAAUAUAAACAGUCAGAAAAAUGUUUCUCAGUGUCAGAUUGAACCCACUCUGUCCUGAAGUUGGAGCUGGUUAGCUUAGCAUUAAGACAGCUACACCUCUGUGUCUGCAAGUCUGAACAGCUUUAAAGCAAAACAUUCAUCAUUUGAUGAAUUCAUGUUCCAUAAAAACCUUGAAACACAUUUUUAACUCUUCCAUUUAUUUUGCUUAUCAGGGUCCAAGUCACAUUAAGAAGUGCACUGAGCUGCUUUUCCAUCAUAUUCUCACACUUUAAACAGGUAUUAAACUGCAUUCUGUGUGGAAAUAAAAAGCAAAUAAGAUACAUGUGGAUCCUUUGAUCGGAGCGUCAA